UGUAACUUCAGGCUAGUACCAUAGUUGGUUGCUGCGAUGUUGGGAGUCAUGGAAAAUAGUUGCAGAUUCGUGGAUUAGCAGAAGAAAAGAUACAGUCUUUACUUGAGUACACGAGGCUUGUCAUUGCGAGUCUGUUUUAUUGUUUUAAACGCUAGCUGUAAGUGGGUGACAUGGCAACCGGAGGUGCUCCAUUUGAUGACAGUGCAGAAGAGCUGCAGACCUGGACAGCACCCAAUGGCAGUCUGGAGGACAGACUGAACAACAUGAACUGGGGGAUUCAGCAAAAGAAAGCUAACCGGUCGACAGAGAAAAACAAGAAGAAGCUUUCUGCAGCAGUGGAGAGCCGCCUGACUAAUGAUAUUUCACCAGAGUCCACCCCAGGGGCCGGCCGCAGGAGAACUCGCACUCCUCAUUCUUUUUCCCACAUCAAAUACACGACCCAAAUGUCUGUUCCUGACCAGGCUGAGCUGGACAAGCUGCGCCAAAGGAUCAAUUUCACAGAUCUGGAUGAGCGGAGCAUCGGCAGCGACUCCCAGGGCCGCGUCACGGCCGCCAACAACCAGCGGCAGCUAGACGGAGAGAACAAGAAGCCUUUCAACUACCUGCCUCUGCAUGUCAACACUAACAAGAGCAAAGAGAUGCUCCAUCCCUCAGCUUCUGCCCCAACUACUCCAGCUGUCACCAAGGAAACCAAGAAGCAGAGUCCAGGGCGGAGGGAAACAUUAAGUCCCGUAGGUCCUCGCAAGGAGUCGCCAAGGAUGAGUCGCUGUGGGACAGACAGAGGACUUCUGACGCAGAGAGAGUAUGGGAGGCCAGAGCCCAAAAUAGACAGCAGCCAGGUGGUGAGCAAACUGGUUCAGAUUCGGGAAUACAUCAGUAAGGCCAGCGCCAUGAGGGACGAUCUGGUGGAAAAAAACGACGUUCCCGCCAACGUUGAACGUCUUUCUUACCUCAUCGACCACCUCAAGGAGCAGGAGAAGUCCUAUCUACGCUUCCUGCAGAAAAUGCUUGCCCAGGAGAGUGACUGUGAGGUCGGGACGCUGGACUCCGCGGUUGGAUCAGGGUCACUGGCUGACAGCUCCUCCCUUAACAUAGAGGUCCAGUCUUCAGAUGCUUCAAAUAUAACGGGUGGUAGGACAGAGGGUGUGCGUGCCGACCAGAAGGAGGAGCUGGAGAACCUGCGUAAGCAGCAUGAGCUGCUGAAGAAGAUGCUGGAGCAGCAGGAGCAGCUCAGAGCGCUGCAAGGCCGACAGGAAGCUCUAAUGGCCAUGCAGCACAGUGCAGAGCAGGCGCUCGCUGUGAUCGAAGACACAGUCGUGACAGAAACCACCGGCAGUGUUUCCGGCCUGAGCAUCACAUCAGAACUGAAUGAAGAGUUAAAUGAGCUGAUUCAGCGUUUCCACAACCAGCUGCACGACUCUAAGACCAAAACGGUGCCAGAUAACCGUCGUCAGGCUCAGAGCCUGUCCCUCUCCAGAGAAGUGUCCUGGUCCCGCCCCCCCCACGCUGUUGGUCCACCUCAGCACAGGCCACUCCUUCACUCCGCUUCCGGCCCACAUGCCGGUCUGGACGCCGAGGGAGUGGCCGCCAGCGCCAAACUCACCAAGUUACAAGAACUUAAAGACAAAAAGCAAACCAUGGACAAGAUUCUGCAAGAGUUGCAUUCACUGCGAGACCAUACCCUGAACAACAACUCAUGUCGGGGCUUGUCAGCACAGUGCAGUCCAAGUUUAGGAGGAUCUUCAGAUUGUACAUCAGCUCUCUGCUCCAAUGCAGCCUCCACUUCCUUUCAGCCUUUAUUCACACAGCAGGACGGCUCUGGUUCUUCAGACAAGCUCAGGAAGCUGAAGGAGGUCCAUAAGCGCCUUAAUGAACUGAGGGAGUUGGUUCAGUACUACGAGCAGACGUCUGAUAUGAUGGUGGAUGCCGUCAAUGAAAAUGUGAAAGAGCCUGAUGAUGAGGAGGAGGAUGAGGAGGAUGAAGAUGAGACGGAGGAUGGAUCCAUGUUUGAAACUGUGUUUGAGUUGGAGCAUGAGAAUCGCCAUCCUGGUGCAAACCUUAGAAACCCACAGCGCAGCAGUAACCGGGCGGACGUGAAUAGCCUGACCAACGGCCGCAGCUUCAGGAGCGGCACCGCAAACAACCAGGACGGUCGACUCAACACCGAGUGUGAAAUCAACAACCGAGCAGCAGCCAACCUCCGCAGCCUCAACGUCACCACGCCUAUAGAGUGUCAGUACAACAGGGACCUCCCCUACGUGGAGGUAAAGGAUGAGGAUGAUGAUGAUGAUGAUGAAGACGGUGUUGAUAAUGAUGAAGGAGGCCAGGCCAUGCUUCCAGACAGUGCGUCGGAGUCCAGUCAAGGGAGCAGCUUUGGGAACGCUGCGGGUUUCCCUCCCAAGGUUCACCGCCAGACGGCGACGCAGAAGCUGAGGCAGCUGCAGGAGCUGGUUGCCAUGGUUCAGAGUGAUGACACAGAUGGAACAACAGCCAAUGACGAUGAAGCUUUACACCAGCAGCCCAAUAACACCCGAUCUGCUGUGUGUGGGGCCUCUGGGGCCGGAUCCAAACAGAGUCCAAGAGACCUGGCUCUCUCCACCAAGGCCAGGGAGAAGCUGUACGAGGAGAAGUUACGCCAGCAGAAGCAGGAGCUGAGGCAGCUUCAUGAGGAGAGACAGAGACUCAUAGAAAUCCAAGGAAAGAUCCAGGACUUGCAGUGGACCUGCCCCGACCUUCCGUCGUCUGUGUCCAGCACAGGCAGCCAGCAGGGUCUGCUGAGGAAGGCUCCGCUUGCAGCUUCCACCCCUGCUAACGUCAAAGCUUCUCCUUCCCCUACACCCAAAACCAACCUAACCGUGCUCAAACCCACCGCUCAGGAGGCAGCUUCUUCUUCCGUCACCGACAACGAGCAGCUUUGGUCCGAAAUGAGGCGGAGACAAAUUUUGCGAGAAGACCUGCGACAGCGGCGAAAGCAGCUGGAGUCGCUGAUGGCCGAACAUCAGAGACGUAGCGGUUUCCGUGACUCCCCCUGUCAGAUGGAAGAGCAGGAGGGGAGUGCUACUCUCUCGCAGUCCAUCAACAGGGAUGAAAGAACAAUGGCAACAUGGGGUUCCAGUCCUUGCAACCUGGAUGAUGAGAAUGAGGAAGAGGAUGAUUAUCACUCUGAGAUGUGCGCUGAGGAGGAAGAGGAAGAAUGUACAGAGAGCAGCUCCGAUGAUGAGAUCCACAUCUACUCGUCGAGGAUGAACCAGAGCUCCUACAGUAACGGGAAGAAUCAGGGAAGUAACCCGAAGCCUCCAGCAGCCUUUUCCAGCGACGUCGAGGCUCAUCUUCACAACGAGACGAAGGUGAAGGAUCAGAGCCGAGGCACAAAGCCGCCUGUGGGCCAGCACGGAGGCGUCCGGCGUCAGGAGAACCUGCGCUGGGCCUCUGAGCUCUCCUUCGCCGAGGGCUCCGGCCACUGGCAGGAUCAGAUAAACCAGCUCCAGAGGCAGCUGGAAUUCAGCACCAGCAUGUGUCAGACGCUCCUGCAGGACCAACAGACUCUGUCAUACAUGUUACAAACCCUGCUGACGGGUCAGUACAGCGUAUUACCCAACAACGUGUCGUCACCUCAAGUCCACCUGGUGAUGCAUCAGCUCAACCAGUGCUACACCCAGCUGGCCUGGCAGCAAAGCAACGUCCAGAGGCUGAAACAGGUUUUGAACGACCUGAUCCUCCAGCAGCAGCAGCAGCAGCAGCAGCAGCCCCCCCCCUCAGCAGCAGGUUGGCAGACGCAGAAGCGGACUUCGGCUCAGGAGUCCGGUCCUGGCUCCUCCGCCUCCCCCGGCAUCUUCCUUCCUUUUACCUCUACAACGCAUCCUUCAGGUGGAAACUUGGCGAACUCUGCCUUAUCUCCGUUCUGCCCUGGCUUCAACUUGUAUCCGUCAUUCCCUGGUGCUAUGGGUGAGUCUCCUCAGAGUGCAGAAGGUCCAGCUUCACCUGAACUUUAUAAACUGGAUCCCAAGACAUUGAUCAAAACCGAGUACAUGGGUUUCCCUCCGCCACUGCAGCGCUCUCCUGUCAACACUGCUUUGGAAAGAGGAUCAGCUGCACGACUGAACACCUCCUACACCAACAACAUAACCCGACAUCUGCCGUCUAAAGCGGAGCUGCAAGAGUCUCCUCCCUCAUCCCUCAUCUUUAACAAAUCCCAGUCUAGGGCGCAGGAGUUUAAGGCUUCACAGGACAGCUUUUGCAGUAUCCCUGAUCCCGAUGAUCCUGCCACGGUCACAAAAACCUUUAAGGCUGGGAAAAAGGCCUCUGCACAAGCCAACCUGGCAUCUCGAAGCAAAACCUCCAAAAACAGACGCAGGAAGAGCAAAGGGCACAACAAGAACAGCGAAGGCCAAGACAGCGACAGCUUUAGCAGCAUUGCAGAGUUCGGCCAGGAGAGGGCAGCCUUGUCUCAUCACAAAGACCAGAAUCAGAUUCUGUUGGACAAACUGACUCAAGAAAAACUGGACAGCAAGGCAAGGCUCGGAACCAAACGGAACGACCUGUCCUCCGCUUAUGCUUGGAGAACUCCCUUCCUCUCUAACAGAAUUGCAUGCACAGAAGCUCCAGAUGCGAGCAGCGACUUCUCCUUGUUCGAGGCGCUGCGUGAGACCAUUUACUCCGAGGUGGCCACUCUGAUAUCGCAGAAUGAGUCGAGACCCCACUUUCUCAUCGAGCUCUUCCAUGAGUUACAGCUGCUCAACACAGACUAUUUACGCCAAAGAGCUCUGUAUUCGCUGCAGGACAUAGUGACCAAGCACCUGGCAGUAAGACGUGCAGCCGAGGACCAGCUGCCCCCCCUGGGGUCGGUUGUGUGGACAGCAGGCUCUCAGUCUGAGCUGACUCCCAGCCAGAGUCUGGUCACCAGUGAUGAAGAGGUGAUGGAGAAGAACUUGAGACACGAGCAGGACCUAAAGAGGAGAGAAGACGCAGAAUCUGUUGAUAACGACAGCAACAUGUCAACCUCCUCCAACCUGGAACCCUUUGCUAGUGAUGACCUGGGCAACACCGUGAUUCAUUUAGACAAAGCUCUGGUGAGGAUUAGGGAGUAUGAGCGCAUGAAGCUUAAAGCCGAGUUUAACCCUCGCAGUGCCAGCAGCAGGUCUGACGCGACAAAUGCUAGAGGUGCUUCCGCUAACCCCGCUGAACAAGUGGAAGAAAGUGCAGCCAACGGUGUGCACUGCCCUCAGAUCGACACCCAGCAGCUGGACCGGCAGAUUAAAGCCAUCAUGACCGAAGUCAUUCCCUUCCUCAAGGAGAACAUGAACGAAGUGUGUUCCCAUCAGCUGCUGACGUCCGUGCGCCGCAUGGUGUUGACUCUCACCCAGCAAAACGACGAGAGCAAGGAGUUUGUUCGCUUCUUCCACAAGCAGCUGGGAGGAAUCCUGCAGGAAUCUCUCUGUAAAUUUGAGGGCCGCACGCUGAGGGACUGCGGGGAGGACCUGCUGGUGGAGAUCUCAGAGAUCCUCUUUAACGAGCUGGCCUUCUUCAAGCUGAUGCAGGAUCUGGACAGCAGCAACGCCGCCACCGCCAACCCGGGAGCUAAAUUUAAAAAUAAGAAAACGUCUCCACAGCUCUGUAAAACAAAUCAGAACCUGGAGGAGAACUCUGAAGCAGAUGCUGCCAGGUCUGUUUCUCCGGCAUUUGCUGAUGAGGACAAGGAUCAAGAUGAGACAGAAAAGCAAGAAUGUGGCGUCCUGCAGGAGGAUUACCUGCAGACUGAGGGGAGGAGCAGCAGGAGCAGCCAUGGGUCAGAAGGUGAAGAGGAGGAGGAGGAGGAUGAAGGACAUGAGAAAGCAGCUCUUCUGUCAAUCAGUCUGUCUAAAGCAGAGACUCAGGCUCUGACCAACUACGGCAGCGGAGAGGAUGAAAACGAUGAGGAGGAGGUGGAGGAGUUUGAAGCUGGACCUGUAGACGUCCAAACGUCUCUGCAGGUUUCGGCUGACGGACAGGUGGAGCAGGAAGUCGUCGCGCCGGUCACAACCAGCAGCGAACCUGAGGAGAAAAUGUCUGAACAGAACUGUUCACAAACAAACGAGGUCAGUAAUCCAGCCGAGACCUUGGACUCCUCAGCUGAAGGACGCACUCUGGUGGAGCUCCAGAGCCCAGAGGAGCAGCAGGAAGCUGGGGCUGCAGCUGCUGCAGAGGGGGCUGCUGAACCCUCCCACGACGUUCCCAAGGAGACGGCCAGCAGCCCCAGCUCAGACUCGCCCGUCCUCGUUAGCGGCGACGAAAUCGGAUCGGGAAACACGAGUCAAAAGUCGGACGAGGAAGACUUCGUCAAGGUGGACGACGUUCCUCUGCAGCUUACGGUGAUGUGCGAGGAGGAGCUGCAGAAGAGGAUCGUCGAGGAGCAGCAGAACAACAACCUGUCUGUGGAGAUCCUGAACGGGAACGCCGAGCUGCUGCCCGGGCUGGUGGGGAACGCUCAGGCUCUGAAGGAACCAGACACCAUUGAUGCUCCAGAUGUCUCACUCUGCUGAUUCACUGAGAAUCCUCCCCUCAGUUCGCUUCUCUAAUCUGCUCGUUUGGACGAGAAAAGUUCUACGUUAGCUGUGAAUCUUUAAGGAAGCUCAACACUCUAAAUUCAUUUUGUUCCUUAAUGUUUGUUGUAAUUUACCGAUUUGUUUGGAUUUAUCUCCUGCUGCUGAUCACAUCCAGAAGGUUCUUUGGUUCUUGGAUUAGUUUGACAUGUUUUAUUAAUAUUUUUACCUCUUCUUACCUGGCCCUGCUGUAGCUCUUUUCACUGUAUUCAUAAUCAUAACCAUCUCUUGAUGGUUUAACCAGCUGCUGUUACAACAAAUAGUCUGUGUAAAAUUAAGUACACCCUCUUUAAAUUCUAGGGUUUUAUUUGGAGGGUUUUUUUUUUUUCUGGCAGUGUAUUUAAUUUUUGGCCACAUGUUCCAUGUUAAUGUCUUCUUUGGUUUUCCACUUGAGGUUAGAUUCAGAUAGUUUUAGUAUCUAUAGAGAUCAUUAAAGUUCUGGAACUGAGUGUAUUUUUUUAAUGACUGUAUGUACAUAUAUAUAUGUGUGUGAUGGGGUAAAUAGAGCUAAUCUGUUGACGUUUUUCUGCUCAAAAUGAUUCUUCUGUCUCAUCCUCAGAACUGUAACAUGUUUCUGCUUUUCUUAUAAUAAACCGAAUGAUUGGA